AUGACAAAGGACACCGUGAAUCGACGACGUAUUCUUCAGGACGAGUUCCUGGUUCUCUCGCGAACGGAAGCUCGCCGGCUGACGCGGAGCACUGAAAGAGCGACGAGACACCCGGCCGCCAAUAGAUACUCAGACAUUGUGCCUUAUGAUCACACGCUCGUUGAACUCGACACUGGCGACUACAUUAAUGCGAGCUUCGUACAGGGCGAGACGGAUGCGUUGAGAUGGAUUGCCACACAAGCCCCAAUUGACGCUGGGGAGAUGGUGGGCAAGGAGACGGUGUCGGAUUUCUGGCAAAUGAUUGUACAGUAUGAUGUGGCGUGCAUUGUAAUGCUGGGCCAGCAUCAGGAGGAUUUUGUGUAUCAUUUUGUAGCGCUUCUCAAGAGCUACGUUUUACUGUUUGAUUGGGGUGGAAAUCUUGAUUUUGAAGCAAGUUAUGACAACCUCAAUGAUACACAAAAAUGCGGCGAGUACUGGCCGACAUCAAUGGGAAAAACCACGAGAUACGGUAGUGUCGAGGUGAAAAUCGUUUGCGAACUAGAGGAAAAAGCCUGGGUGCACCGCGAGUUCGACGUCUCGCCUACCCCAUCCUACUUCUCUCGGAGCACAAAAAACAGUAGAAAGAGCCGCACGUCAAGUGUGGCGAACCAUAUGAAAGUGUCGCAUUGGCAAUACAAAGAGUGGAAGGAUAGCGAUACGCCGCGCCUGAGCACGUUUCUCGAGUUCCUGCUCCAGGUUCGCGGCAGGCAGUACACGUCACCGGUUGUUGUUCAUUGCAGCGCCGGAAUCGGCCGAACCGGAGUGUUCAUCUGCACAGACAACGUGAUUUCGCGAUUGGAAUCAGAAGGAAUUAUCGACAUUUUUAGCGAAGUGAAUCGCUCACGACAACAGCGACCAAGUAUGGUACACACUGUGAAGCAGUACGAAUGCAUUUACAACACUAUCGGUGAAUACUUGAGGCAGCAACAGCAACAGAAGAAAUGA